AUGACCAUGAUCUUCUGCUUUGUUUUCAUUGUGCCUAUCAUCUAUCUAUAUCUGGAGUCUCGAAAGAAUCAUGCUCCAGAAUUUCCCUCUCCCCCAGGUCUCCCCCUGAUCGGGAAUUCCUUUCAGAUCUCACCACGGCCUCAUAUCCAGUUUAUUCAAUGGGCGCGGCAGCUUGGUGAGAUAUAUCGUGUUCGUCUUGGCUUGGCAGACUGGUACAUACUCAACUCCCCCGAAGCCGUCAAAGAAAUCCUCGACAAGCAAUCUGCUGUGACUUCCUCGCGGCCACCAUGGCCAGUUCUUUCUGAUGCUUUGUCCGGUGGCUUGCGAUUUCUCUUCAUGCCAUACGGCUUGAAAUGGAGGCGCCUACGAUCUGUGGCACACGGUCUGUUGUCUCCUCGGGCGUCAGCAACAUUUCAGCCUUCGCAAGACUUUGAAGCCAAACAAUUAAUCUAUGAUCUGUUAACGAGCAAUGAAAACAAUAUGGACUUUUAUAUGCAUAUUCGUCGGUAUACUGUUUCAGUACUCAUGACUUCGACGUAUGGGAAAAGGAUACCAACUUGGGAAUGCGAUGACGUCCGCGAUAUAUAUCAGGUUGUGAAGGACUUCUCCGACGUGUCUUCUCCGGGACUAACGAAUGUUGCGGAUGGAAUCCCUCAUCUAGCUGAGAUUCUUCCUGUUCAGCUGCAAUGGUGGAGAAAGUCCCUGGAUCCAUUAUUCAAGCGGCAAGAGACCCUCUGGAUGAGAUUCUGGUCAGAGCUGAAAACACAGAUGGAGGCGGGAGAAGCUCCCGAUUGUUUUGUUAAGCAGUUCAUCGAGACGGGCUAUCCGAAAAUGGAAAUUACCGAGCUUCAAGCUGCGUUCCUGGCGGGGUCAUUGAUAGAAGCCGGAGCAGAGUCGACUUCAUCGGCAAUCAAUAGCUGUAUGCUAUACCUCUCUGCUUAUCCAGAUAUCCAACAGGCGGCGCAUGACGAAAUCGAUCAAGUGGUUGGAUAUUCACGUUCACCUGUUUUCGCCGACGCCAAUGACCUUCCAUAUAUCCGAGCUAUCUGCAAAGAAAUUCUUCGCAUUCGCCCACUCGCCAGCCUAAGCAUACCACACUACACAACGGCUGACAUCUGCUACAAAGGGCGCACGAUACCCAAAAACAGCACUAUAGCCAUGAACCAAUACGCAUUACACUACGAUCCAUCCUUAUUUCCCGAGCCGGAAUCCUUCAGACCAGAAAGAUAUCUCAGACAUCCAAAGGGAGCAGCUUUGUAUGCUGCCUCAUCAGAUUCAUAUGGUCGUGAUCAUUGGGACUUUGGAGCAGGACGACGCAUUUGCCCUGGGAUGCACCUGGCAGAGAAUAGCAUGUUUAUAACAAUUGCUAAGAUACUGUGGGCCUUCGAGCUAGUUGCCCCCGGGGAAGUGGAUCUGUCACAUGAUGCUUACGAGACUGGCACUAUGACGAUUCCCAAGCCUUUCGCUGUUGAAUUUCUAUGUCGAAAUCAGAGGAUUGAGCAGGUUUUGAAAGCAGAAUGGGAGACAGCGGAGAGGUGA